AUGCAUCAACAGGCAAGGAUACCCCAGAGGAAAGCCUCGUCGCCCUCGCCAUCACCGCAGAUUCCAUCGUCCCGCAAUGUACCCAACGCUGAUGCUGGCAUCGGCGGAGCUCGUCCCCGGGCCACAUCUUCUCUCUCCGUGAACCAGCCUGCACAGGCUUCGGCAGCCGGUGACGCUCCAACGGCCUCGGGCUUACCCGCCGAUUCUGUCAGGAAGCUGGACCAGAUCGUACAGAAUUUCUACACCAAAGCUGCCGCAGUGAUUCUAGACUCUAGGAUGAAGAUUCGACCUAUGCGCUACUCUAAUGGAGUAGUCAAGGUGAAUAAAUGGUAUCAAAUAGAGACAGAUGAAAUUGAUGACUUCCGAGAGGAGCUCAGGACUUGGAAGGCCUGUGGCAGUAUAGAAAAUCUCCCGCCCCCGAUGGUCAUCGAGGUGUACCUAGAUGCAUCAUCCCUCAAGGAAAGCCAAAGUCUAAUUACCGUAGACGAACAAGGCAAACGAUGGGAUGUCAUGGAACAGCUGCAGUCGUCCAGAUCAAGCGAUGCCGCUUCGCCUACCACAUUUGCCCGCAACACAGAAGUCGUCCUGGAACGCUGGACCGUGGAGCUGAUACCCGGCAGCUUCCCACCCACCGAAGACUUUGGUCCCAUCCUCCCAACCAUCUACAAGAAGGCUAUUGUCUUUUUCAGAUCCCUCUUUGUUACUACCAGACUCUUACCAGCCUGGAAGUUCACUAGCCAGGGGAGGGCAAAAGGCUGCGUUGCCGCGCUCUCCCCUCGUUGCAGAAUUCUUCUGCAACGUCCCAGCAGGAAAUCCCCGGACCUGUUGAGGGCCCCCAUCGAUGGCAGACCCGACCCUGUUACAGAAUACAUGUUUGGAGAUUUGGAUGUCCCAGUCGGUCGUUUGAGUACGUCGGUCACGUACAGAAACGAAUGCAGCUUUAGAGUCGAUGACGCCGAGUCGCUGCUGAGUUCCAGGUUCAUGGGCAUUGAUGAGAACUACUUCAGGCCUUCCAUACCCCAAAGAGUCAGUUCACCAGGGGUCACACAACCAGAGGUUGGCUCGCUACGAGAUCAUCGAAGAAGGACUAGCAUCGGUGAUGUUCAGCAGACCUACGGGAGCCUAUCAACCUUCCAUGGCGACGGGCCCCUGGGAACCAGCCCCAUGUCUGCUCUCAGAUCCGUCAAGGUUCCUGGCUCUGACACGAGCUCGCCACCAGCCUCUUUACCAAAGCAGUCGGACUUUGAUGCUCCCAAGUCACUGCCCAUUGGCACCAGGGGCCAAACCAGUCGCCAUGGAACCCGACCUGAUGGAUCUGCCAGAAGACCAUCCAUCUCGUUUCAACCAUUCAAGGCCGGCUCUCUUUCUGGCUCCCCUGUACCUCGAUCUCUUGAACCAGAAUCGCCGGCGUCGCUGCAGGGCCGGACGCCAGCUUUCCCGACGAUGCAGCCUAGGCAGCGAACAUCGUUGACAGCUGGUAUGCCAGCAUCUCUGCGGGGCGGGCCUCCACAACAAACAGACGUUCCCGUUAUCGGUUCGCCACGCCCCUCCUCUUCAAACCGCUACAGCAGUAGUUUCACACAUCGACGAAAUCGCCCAUCCAUUAGCGGACCAAGCCGCGGAGGGCUCGAUGAUGAGCAGGGUAGCAGUGGGAGACAGAGUCUUGCCUCCUCGGUCGCUCAGCCCGGCUCCGGGUUCCUGGCUGAGCCGGAUAACGCUAGUUCGGGGUCGCUGCCUGCCGAUGACGAUGGCAUCUCGGACUUCUUGAAAGUUCUAGAUAGCAGGAAGACACUGAAGAGUUUCGAACCAACAAAACGGGACUCAGCGGCGAACAAGACCGUUGCGCAGCUGUCUAGGUUUCACCUAAUGCGGGAGUCGAACAAUGCAUUGGGAGAUUCCAUGACUUCGUCCAUGCAACUGCAGCGUUCCUCGAGUUCGUCGAGUCGACAGUUGACAAGUAUACCUGGAAUGGUUGCGCCGGCGUCCAUGUCGCCAUCUUCAUCGUCACCUGGCAAGCCCAUCUCACCGCACACCCCCCAUACACCCGCGAUCCCAUCACGCCUUAGCGAAAACUCGAUAGUCGAUCAUUCCGAGGAGCGCUCCAGAGCAGUUUCUCGAGCAACACGUCCCCAAGGCCCAUCGAUUCCGGAGUCAAGUCGUCAAAGCACCAUCACCCAGGAGGGUGCCACUGCCAUUGACAUACCGCUGUCACCUCGCCUCGGCUUACAUCAAAGACGAUCAAGCUCAGUUGCGCAGCAAACUAGGGCUACGGGUGAUGACGAGGAAACGGAUUCAGCUUUUGCGAAUCGAAGUGUCAGCUUGGGAGCAGAGGACAGAGAGCCCCCGACUCUUAGUACGCUCCUUGGCCGCCAAAUGCAGCUGGAUGACGAAUCUACUGCACGGGAAAGUCCGCCUAGUAGCCUACGUCCCGCCCCAGAGAUCCGAUCUACCAGUGUCUCAAUGGCGAUGCUCCGCGGAUCUACAGAAGAAACACCCCCAGACGGCUUAAUUUCUGUUGCACAGUCUUCGUCGCCGUUUCAACGGAAGCGGUAUGCCGGCAUGAGCGCUGGCCGUGGCCAAACGCCUCCGCCACAGUCUACGCAGCCUGCUCGAGGCAGCUACACGGGUAGUUCCAGCAGCCGCCUUGUCCGUGGCGACGAUGAGUCGGUCGGCGACGAGCCCCUCAUGUUUACGCUGUCGGAGAUGGAUGCCCAGGGUCGUCGCAGCAUAGAGGAAGGGCGGGGCAGUGUAAAUACAGGAAGCAACAACGGCUCAGAGAGGGCCAUGUUUGAGCCUCGCGGCACUACCAGAAGAGACGAUGACGACGCGGGGAGCGACAAGGCCAAGCCAGAGAGAGAGUCACUCAACGAGGAAAGCGCCAAGGACAUCGACAGCGAUGAUUUGCCCAUGGCCGAAAGACGCAAGACCAAGAAGCAGAUCGGCAAAAGGAAAAUCCAAGAGGCCAAUGCUGACAAGCCGGUCACCCCCAGAGUCCAAGAUCAAUGUCGAAGACGAGAGCAAAUAAAGAGACAGACACCGUGCCAUCAGAAAGAAGGAUAG